GGACCGUACAUUUCCGGCACUGGGACCAAGCAACCUUUCUCCAAGGCAUAACCAGAAACAAAUUCUGAACAAUUGUUUUGACCAUUUCUGUGCUGCAGACGCUACCGUGAGAAAUAUAGACGGUGACCUGAGCUUGUUUCUUGGCCAGAGAAGAGAGGAGAGGAUUGCAGAGUUAUGUCGGGUGGUAUCGCGCGUGGUCGACUAGCUGAGGAACGGAAAGCAUGGCGGAAGAACCAUCCUCAUGGCUUUGUUGCGAAGCCGGAGAUGCAGCCUGAUGGGACUGUGAAUUUGAUGGUUUGGCAUUGUACUAUUCCUGGCAAAGCCGGGACAGAUUGGGAGGGUGGUUACUUCCCUCUCACACUCCACUUCAGUGAAGAUUACCCCAGCAAGCCUCCCAAGUGUAAACUUCCUCAAGGUUUUUUCCACCCAAAUGUCUACCCAUCUGGUACUGUUUGCCUGUCAAUCCUUAAUGAGGAUAGUGGGUGGAGACCAGCUAUAACCGUCAAGCAGAUUCUUGUUGGUAUUCAAGAUUUGCUAGACUCACCAAAUCCUGCUGAUCCUGCACAAACUGAAGGCUAUCACCUUUUCAUCCAGGAUGUGGCAGAGUAUAAGAGAAGGGUUCGCCAACAGGCCAAGCAGUUCCCACCUCUUGUCUAGAGUUAGAUCAGCUAUCCUUGACCCAGCUGGUAAAGGCCAGUUUCCUACAUCUUGUAAAAUGCUAAACUUGCUUUUGCCAAAUGUUGGUAUUUCGAAGUUAUCAGCUGACUCAUCUGUAAAAAUUGUAUGGUUGAACUGCUUUAACUCGUUUAAGAUCCGACUAAUGGUUGUUAAUACAUUGCGGUGAACCAGUCAGCCUGUGUAAUACAGCAGUUGUUAAUAUCCGUUGUGAACCUGGCGUUUCCUUUAUUAAUACUCAGUUUCUCAGCUUUUUGUUUUUAACCUUUCUGAAGUUAUGUUGUGUGAUUGCGGAAUUGCUUGGUCCAACCCCAUGGAUAGAUAAGUAAAGCUUGUCUUGAUAU